GUUUUUCCACCUCUAUUUGCUGCUCGCUGAAGGAAAAUAAAAUUAACCAGGAGCGCAAAAACGCGUAUCGCAAGUUAUAAGCAACAAACAGACCAACGGGAUCGAAAAGGCCCGACUUCCACGCAGUGAGGAACCAAAGAGGCCCAGGAAUAGUUUUAGUCACAUCUCAAAAAUCCCACAACGUUUUCAAUAAGCAAGCAUACAUAAAUGGUUUCUACUUUCAUUGGUCUAUUAGACAUUCAAUCAUGGUGGGAGAUACCGUGUAUUUCGCAUUUCUGUUCAUUGUUUAGUUCCGCCUUUGAUCUGCCCGACAUCGACAUCGAGGACCUCGAAUCGGCGCUGCUUUCCGAUGGUACCAGCGAUGAGGAUCAGGUCGCCUUAGUGCCCGAGUUAAUUGUGCGCCUGCUCAAGGGCUGCGAUGCGCUACAGUCGGUAGCCAAAGAAAUCACACACAGCAACUAUCAGAUGUUCUUGCGUCGCUUCCUGCGCCAACAGUGUCGCCUGCACCAGACCGAGAACCACUUCGACACGGACAUUGACUUCCAGUCGCUGCCCGUCCGCAAGCGUCUGCACAUCCUGCACGACCUGUGCCACUUUCGCCUAGAUUCGGCCGAUGUGCAGGUCAUCCUCAGCAAUCUAGAGGCGGACAGUCUGCGCGUGGAGCCUCUGGGCUACGACGCCAAGAACUCCGGCUACUGGUAUUUCUACGGCACACGGCUCUAUCGUGAGGACAAGGCAGCGGCAGCCUCCAGUUCGGGUUCGUCGGGUUCGGGAGGUGACGGAUCAGCCUCUUGUGGCGGCAUAUCGAGCACCAAGGGUAUCGGUAGCAACGGCACCGUCUGGCAGGUCAUCUGCUUCACCGAGGAGGACUGGCAGAACUUGGCCGCCAAGUUCAAGACCUCGACAAACGCCAAGGAGCGCGAACUUUUUCACAUACUCGAUGACAACUUUCUGCCCAAGCUUCCGCAGCUAUUCCGCGAGCGUGAGCGUUUGAGGCGCAGAAAACUCCUGCAAGUGCGUAACUCCAGUCGCAUUCGUAAUAUAGCUGAGUUAAAGGCGCGCCAGGAGGAGGAACGCAAGCGACGCGAACGGGAGAACCUGUACCCGGAGCGGCAAAACGGGCACUGGCUAACACCGCGGCAGCAGCAACAACAACAGCAGCAACAACAACAACAGCAACAGCAGCAACAACAACAGCAGCAGCAAUCCCAACAGCGUACACGCAGACGAUCCCAGUCAACAUCGACGGCUAGUGGUAUUUCAACAUACGCAAGCUCCCUCAGACGAACAACCACAACUAAUUCGAGCGAAUUUCUGUGCCACAGGGAAACCUUCUGCCUCUCGCCAGAAAACGACGAAGACGACGACGACGAGGCCCUUGACGCGGAGCAGCAUCCAAAUCAGCCAGAGCAAACAGAACAACAGCCGCGUGAGGAGGAGCAGCAACAGGAACCGGAGGAAUUAUUAGCUGCCUCAGCAACUGGCGACGAUUUUCGCUCUCCAGAAACACCAAAAUCGCAGACGCCGGCGGAAUUGAAGAGCAAGAGCGGCCACCACCACCAUCAUCAUCAUCACCACAAGAAGAAAAAAUCGGGCAAGAAGCAGAAGAAGCGACACCAUCGGGAUAGAGAUCGUGAGCGAGAUCGCGAACACCAUCAUCAUCAUCGGCGGCGACACAAGUAUGCUUCAGAGGCAGACGAGGGCGAGGACGACAACAAUAACCACAACAGCAACAGCAAUAGCAAUAGUAACACCAAUAGCACCAGCAGCAACAAUAGUGCCCAGCCAAAGCGACGACGCAGUGGCCACCAGCAACAUCAGCCAGAGCCACGAGAACCCACGACUUCUCUAAGUCCCGAGGACAAGGAGAACUUUUGUAGGCAGCUGCAGCUCUUGGACACGAAUUCGGCUGCCAUAGCGGUGGCCACGAGUAUUGCUGAUCUCAGUCUGCCCUCGCCGGUGGCACAUGAGAGUGAAACGGAGCAGGACGAGCAGGUGGAUCAGCCGGCAGCAGUGGAACCAGAGCCCCCAGCAAUAGCUCCUUCAAUGGCGCCAGCGGCCAAUGUUAAGUUGCCAGGCAGGCAGACAAACAAUUCGCUGAGUUCGCUUACCGGUAACAUAUUCAUACCGGGAGGAAGCUCCCAACAACAGCAGCAGCAGCAGCAGCAGCAACAAUCCCAGCAGCAGCAGCAGUCGCAGGAACCGCAGAGCAGUAGUAGCAGCAGCAGCCAUAGUGCCACCUCUGCCAGCACCGUGCGUUCAAAGAAACAAAAGGCCGUGCUGAACAGCAGCGGGAGCAGCAGCAGCAGCAAAGUGGCGGACAAGGCGGAUCGGAACUUGAGCAAGGCGGAGGCGGGAAAGUCCAAGAAGUCGACGGCGGGCUCAUCGGCGUCCUCAUCGUCCAGCAAGGCGGAGCGAAACAGCGGUGCCUACUCGGACAAGAGUGGCGAUGACCAUGUAAAUAGUAGCAACCGUAGCACCACCAACAACAACAGCAGCCUUAACAACAACAACCAUAAGCACGCGUCGCACCACAGUCACAACAACAACAACAACAGCCACCCAACGACGGCAUCGGCUACAACAACAGCAACAACGACAACGUCGCAGCGAUAUCAUAAUAAUUCGAAUCAUAAUCAUAAUCAAAAUAAUCACAACCACCAAACCUCCCAUUCACACCACACCCACACCCACCACCACCACACCACUAAUAUUUUCAGUAACAAACAUAAAUCCAAUACGCACCAUUCCCUAACCCACAACAACAACAACAACAAUCACACAACAAACGCAACAAGCACAUCACAACACCUCCCAGUAACCACGAACAACAAUUCAACGUACAACUCCUCCAAUCAUGCAAAUAUUCUUAGCUUCACCGAAACGGAGGAGGUCCUACAAAUCGGAAUGCACAAGGUGCUCGUCUAUGUGAAGAACCAUCGCGAUGCCUGGCCAUUUGUGGAUCCUGUGGAAGAGGAUAUAGCACCGCGCUAUUACUCGAUAAUCAGGAGACCAAUGGACCUGCUGAAGAUGGAGGACAAGCUAGACAGUGGGGAAUAUCACAAAUUCAGCGAAUUUCGCAAUGACUUUCGCUUGAUCGUCAACAACUGCAGAUUGUACAAUGGGCACAAUAAUGAAUACACAGAGAUGGUAAACAAUCUGCAGGACGCUUUUGAAAAGGCAACCAAAAAGUACUUUGAGAAUCUCUCCGACGACGAGGACGAUGAUCCCAAUCUGAGCUAUCCUGCCGCUGACUCUAAAAUGAAUGUAUUCCGUGAAAAGUACUUCAGCAAGAAGGCCAAGGAGGAGACGGAGAAGGAUGCGCCAGGUCGUCUGGAAAGUAGCGCCGAAGAGGAUAUCAGUGAGAUUGAAGCGGAAGCCGCACAAAAGGCCCAAAAACGUAAGCGCAAAGAAAAAGACAAACGACGCAAAAAGAAAAUCAAAAGCAAGGCUGAUUUGGAAACGGAUGAUGAGGAUUUGGAACCCGAGAGAGUACCAACACCACCGCCACUUCCUCCUCCGCCAUCAGGCAAGAAGAGCAAAACGGGCAAGGUCGCCAAGGAAAAGGAGAAAGAAAAAGAGAAGGAAAAGGAGAAAGAUAGGGAUAAAGAUAAGGAAAAGGAGAAAGAGAAAGAUAAGGAGAAGGAUAAGGAUAAGGAGACCGCUUCCUCCAAGCGGGGACGCAAGACUAAGGGCGAAAAGUCCGCGUCCAAGCCCAGCAAACAGCAGCAAAAGACCAAAAAAGGAGCCAAGAAGUCGGCGCACGAAUCGGAGCCAGAAUCGGAUCCCAGCGACAGCCGCGAGAGCGAGGACUACAGCGAUGAUGACCAAAUAUCCUUGGCCAAAGCCAAAUCCUUGAUCAAGCCCACAGCUCGAACGAUAGCGGCCCAAAAAAAGAAAGUUGUACCCGCUGAAUCCAAGGUAAAGAUGCCCACCCCAGUCAAACGCCAAGUAAAAGGUAAGGGCAAGGGUGGACGCAAGGUUAAAGAUGACUCACUGGACAGCGAGCAAUCCGAUUCGGAUGUAAAGAAACUGCUGCCACCAACGGCAGCGGCUGCUUUAGCUGAAUCCGCCGCCGAGCUGGAAGAUGAUGAGGAUGAUCAGCCCGCGGACGAAGACGAAGAUGAGGACGGCUCGCGGUCACGCAGCAUGUCGCCCUUCAAGGUUGAUCUCCACAAAAAAUACUCAAAAAGUGCCCUUAACGAUGAUCUCUCCGAGCUGUUGACCACCGUCAAGAAGGUUCCCACAGCGGAGACCACAAAACUAACUGCUCGGCACCAGGACGAAGCGGAUAACGAUGGCGAGAGAUCCUCCCGAGAGUCUGACGGUGACUUUAAAUCCCUGAGCAGCAGUCGGGCUAGUUCCGAGGAGCGUCCGCCGGUGCCAAAAAAGGGUAAAAAGGGGGAAAACUCCAAAAAAGAGAAGGAAAAGAAGAGUAGGGAUAAGGAAAAAGAUAGAGAUAAAGAUAAGGAUAAGGAUAAGGACAAGUCCCGCAGCGCCAAGCACAAGAAGAGCAAGGAAGAGUCCCCGCUUUCGGCAGCCGCUGCAGCAGCUGCAGCCGAGCAGGCCGAACUGGAGAUGCUGCUGCCCUUUAUGGACAAGUACGAUGUGAUCAAGUUCCGACGUAGUCGUGCCGCCCUCAGUGGCUCCAGUGCCUCCAACUCGAUAGCUCCUUCCGAGGACUCCAAACCAGCCAGCACCAAAAGCAGUAGGGAAAGCAAGAAAGCCACUGCAAAGCGGGAAAAGUCGCCCGAUCCUGUGGAGCACAAGCGCGGACGGAAGAGUAAAGAUCAAAAGCGUUCGAAGGAGUCGGAUAAAGUGGAGAAAACUGAUAAAGCUGCCAAAGCCGAUUCCGAGAAACACUCUGAGAAGUCUAAGAAAAAGGAGGAAGUACCAAAAGUAUUGGAAAAACCUCCAAGAGAGAAAUCACCACUACCGAUAGUACCACAAGAACCGUUAAAGGAACCUCCAGCUCCAACUCCAGCCCCUGCACCAGCACCCAGCAAAGUGAAGGAAACGCCUGGCAAAACGGCGGCUAAGAAAAGACCCGACAAGCAAAUGCCGCCGCCUCCCAAACCUGCCGAUAAACCAAAUGAGAAGGGGUCUGGUAAGAAAGCUUCCAGCAAAAAGGCAGCCCAGAAAGCAGGCCAACCGCAGACCAACAAUAACACAAAUCUGGAGGCUUUGGAUGUGGAAACCGAGCAGACCCUCAAAGACAUAAAUCGUUGGCUGGAGCACACGCCCCGCUUUACGGAGUUCAGUUCGGCUAGCAAUUCACCAUCUCGUUAUAAUCUAUUGGAUGAUUUCGACUCGGGAAUUGGAAAUAAACUGGAUGCAGCAGAUUUUCGAAGACCAGUGGCAUUGGCUGCUCCAAAAGCGGAAUUGGUACCUACUAAAUUGGCGGAGGCUCUCAAUGAACUUGUCAGCGAACCGAAAGAGGCUGCCAGCAAAUCCGAAUCGGAAUCGGUGGCCCCAACGCCGAGCAGUGUAAGCAGCAGCUGUGGAACCCCACCACAUUCGAUGCACUCAGGAAAUUCCAUCGGCAGCACAUCCGCCACUGCAGCAUCCAGUUCGAAUUGCUCCAACAACUCGAUGCCCACGCCUCUGCCUGUGGCAGUGACCCCAACGCCAACACCCGCUCCGCCACCACUGCUUCCCAUUCCCAAGCCAAAGGAGCCGAGUACCACGCAGCUGCUUCUGAAUCCACCACCACCGCCUCACAUCAAACAGCAACUGGCCAAGGAGGCCAAGCGCAAAUCCCUCAAGGAAAAACAGGCAGCGCAAGCAGCCCAAGCUCAGCAGGUGAAAGCCAAGGCGAAUGUUAUGAGGACAAUUGAACGGCUUCAACCUGGCAAGGCCAAGGGUAAUCUUCUGCAAAAUGUAGCCACUGGCAAACCGACGGAGGAAAGCGGAGACUCUCACGCAGGUGUAAACCCGGUGGCCACCAAGGUUAAGGAGCUGAAGAACGCCCUCAUCACGGAAACCUGUGAAGGAGCACCGAAACUGAGUUUGGGUACAGUUCUUAAAACCCAGGACUUUGCACUGGGCAAAUCUCUGGAGGAAAUGUCAGGAAAGAAAGUCACAGACGAGGAUGACAGUCCCAACGAGGAAAGCAAAUCAGAGAAGCCUGCGACGCCCACAACACCGAACAAAGAGGCACCGAAACCGUUUGAAGCUCUUUUGGAACUCAGUAAAAUAGGGAAAUCCUCAGAGGGAGCAAAAUCGGAAGCGAGCCAAAAGGAGAAGCCCAAUCUUAGCGCCUGGCUAAAAGCUUUCGGUGGUCCAAAGGUUAGCAAAAAGUCCGAAGAGGAAGAGAAGCAGCAGACGUCUGUACAAGAUCUUCAAGGCGAUUCCAAGGUGGCUCCACCAGCUCAUUCGCCUGCCGGGGACAACUUCUCCCUGCCAACGGUGAUGCGUCAAAGAAAACCCAGCACCGGAAGCACGAACUCGGAAAGGAGCUCAUUUAGCCAGGAUCCGGAUUCGCCUAGAAUAGCCAUCGAUGAGCGGUACGGUUCGUAUGCGGCUGGUUCAUAUACCUCGCCAAUCGGUGCCUCACCCAUUGGAGCAUCUCCCAUAAUGGUUUCCCCCAAGCCCAAUGAUGAUAUGGGCAAACCCGCCUCACCUUAUCCCCUGAAUGGAGCUAUCAAAGUGGGAUUCUACCAGGACACCACGACCAAAAGCAGCCCGGACAAGAGUUGCAGCCCCAGGGAGAUGAACUCUCCAUAUCCCCAGUACUCCCAGCAUAUCUACUCCUCCGCCUCGUCGCCCAAUGUGUCCACUCCGGACAUGAGUGGCACUUCUCCCUACGGCGGUGGAAACAGCUACAAUCCCUCGGGCUCAGAGGCGUCCAAGACCCCGGCCUACUCUUCCACAUCCCCGCUUCCAAUUUAUGACCAGUACAAGCAGCCGCGCUCUCAGGAGUCCGACUACAACUCGUCGAUGAGUCCAAGCACCCCGAAUCCACACUCGCCCUACCAACAGCCCCAGAGUUCGCCGUACACCACGCCGCAGCAAUCGCAAUCGACGCACCCGUCGCCAUAUCAUGGCCAGUCGCCGUACCACCAGCAGCAGCACUCACCAUAUCAUCCACCCGCCGCCCAGCAGCAACAGCAAUCCACGCAGCCCUCCCACAGUCCGGCGGCCCACCAGCAGGCUCUCAGUCCCAUGCACAGCGUGGAGUCCCCGGCAUCCUCGGCAGCCACCCAGCCACCCACUCCGCUGGCUCAGUCGCCGGCGGAGCAGCAGCACUCGCCGUAUCAGCAGCCCGUGCUGUCCCCCUAUCAGCAACCGCAGCAACAGGUGCAGCCGCCCGUGGUGCCGCCCGUACAGCCAGCAACAGGUGCUGUGCCGUCAACGGCUCUGAGCAACAAUGGUUAUGCGCCCACUCACGACAGCUACCAGCAACUGCAGCAGCAACAGCGAUCCUUGUAUAAUCCAGCCACUUUGAUUAAUCCCCUGCCGAGUUCUACAACUGCAACUGCCUCUAUAACCAAGCCGAAUAAUGAUUGGAGCCUGAAUCGCAGCCUGUUGCCGCCUAGCAUUACCAAUACUGUUAAUCAGGCAACGCAGCAGCAACAACAGCAAUCUGGGCAGUUGCAACAACAAUCACAGAUGCAGGCAACAACCCAACAACAGCAGCAGUUACAGGCAACACCUCAACAGCAGCAACAAUUGCAAGCCCCACAGCAACAGCAGCAGCAAUUGCAGACACCGCAACAACAGCAGCAACAAUUACAAACGCCACAGCAGCAACAGCAGUUGCAGACACCGCAGCAGCAACAACAGGUGCUGGGGCAUCAACAGCAACAUAAACCGAAAUAUCCAACCUAUGCGCAAUAUCAGUCAACAAAUGCCGCAGCUAAUGCUGCAGCAGCAGCAGAUGCAGUGGAUACCAUGCAACAGCAGCAACAGCAACAGCAAAAGAUUGUGCCGCCCACUUAUGGCAGUGAUAUGGCCACUUUUAUGCAGCAUCAAAUGCAGCAGCCUCCCAAAACGGAUACAUUAAUAAACCCGCUCAAACGACCUGGGGAGGAAAUGGGCAUGGAUUACAGUGGAAAUGCGGCAAAUAAAAUGCCAAAAAUAGACGACACUGCCGCACAGCAGCAGCAACCGCAGCCUCAGUUGCAGCAACAGCAACAGCAACAACAACAGCAACAAACCCAGAACCAAACGCAAUCCCUGCUUAACAAACAACAGCAAAUGUUUAAUAGUUUCUUGGGUUCCAUGGCUUUCGGCAAACCAAUUGGGAACAUUGCACCGGACAAAGCAUUCGAAAUGUAUAACAGAGCUGCGGCAAUGGGUUUCCCCAAGGACUUUGCGAAAGACAACAGUUGUCAGCUGCAGCAACAGCAACAGCAGCAAUCACCGCAAGUGGCUACCAACAAGCAGCAGACGCCCCAGCCACAGCAGCAACAAGAGAGACAACAGCAAACGCAGCAUAUGAUUGGAAUGGGUCACCAGCAACAGUCUAGUCUGGAGAUCCUACAGUUACAGCAGCAGCAGCAACAGCAGCAGCAAAACCCGCCGCAAAAGUUGCCACAGCAACAGCAGCAGCCCCCGCAACAACUUAACUACCAGCAACAGCAGACGCAACUUAACCACAAUUAUACCGCUCAGCAACAGCAAUCUGCGGUGACGGACAAACCUACCACAACACAGUCUGCAGUUGCUGCUGCGGUCAGUGAUGCCAGCAGCAACAUGAUGCAUCUGCCGUCAACCGCUCAUCAGCAUCAUCUCAGCCAGACGCAUCACUUGGCCGCCUACAACAAGCCCACACCGCCUCCGCCCCAAACCUACAGCAAUCCCUUGAUGCAGUCGAUGUUGGGCUAUGCCGGAAACUACUUCGACAAGACCAUGCCGCCGGCGGCCCAUAUGUACAGUGCCUCAAGUUCGGCGGCCACGGCUUACGGCAAUCCGGCGCAGCAAUUGCCCGGGAACUAUGUUCCCGGCAACAACAAUCCCGCACACCAGCCACAGCAACAGCAACAACAACAACAACAGCAGCAGCAGCAGCAACCUGCUGCAGUUGCUCCAGUCGAAGUCAAGGCUCCAGCGAAAAGGGGAAGGAAAAAGAAGGCAGCCACGAUUGCAGCGGAGGCAGCCAAGCAACAGCAGCAACAACAACAACAGCAGCAACAAGCUGCUGCCCAACAGCAACAAGCGGCCGCCCAGCAGCAACAGCAGCAGCAACAACAACAAGCUGUAGCCCAACAGCAGCAACAACAACAAGUGGCCGCACAGCAGCAGCAGCAGCAACACCAAACCAUGCCGCAAUACAACACCGCUGCCACCAAUAAUCAGCUACAGGCGCAUGCGCAGGCGCUGCAUCAAGGCUUCCAAUUGUAUGCGGGUUUAAAAUCCGGAGGAGUAUCCUCGCCAGUUGGCAGCACAGCGGCAACUCCGGCAACUAGUGGAACCGCCAGCAAUCAAACAGCUGCUGAUGCAGCCGCCAUUUCGCUGAAAACUUCGACCGGUGGAAUGGUACCGGGCAGUGCCUUCAAUUUUGCGCCUGCUCCAGGAGCACUGGGCUUGUAUGGCGACCAAGCGGCGGCGGCCAGUAGUUAUCUUGAUCAGUUCAGGGAUGCGCCCAAUCCCUACUAUAUGCCACCGGCGCCGGCACACAGCGGUGCAACUGCGAAUCCGGGUGGCAAUGCAGCGGAUAAGAGCCAGAACCCACUGAAUACGGCUGCCGGAUCGUAUCCCUUCCUAGCGGCGGCACAUCCUUCAUCGCGGGCGGCGGCUGCAGCAGCCGCUUAUCCGUUUGCGGAUCCCAACUCGCAGCUGUACCAGCAGUACCUACGACGCGAUGACUUCCACACGCGGAUGAUCUUCAACCAGAGUCUGCUGGGCGGGCCGGCAGCGGCGGCGGCAGCAGCCGGUUAUGGUCAGCCGCCGCCGCCGCCGUCCGCCUACCAACGCGCCACAUUGGGCAUGCCAAAGCCGUACGACAUCAAUCGGCAGUCAUGGUUUUAGCAGUACGCCAGUGCCGCCAACGUGGAUCUCCAAGGGGACGACCUGACGGGGGCGGCAACUGGAACAGCAUCGGGAUCAGCGGCAGCAUCAGCAUCGGCGGCAGCCACACAGCGAUAAGUUCGAAGGAGUCUACAGGCUUAGAAAGGUUUCAAACCAGAAGGCAAAUUGGUUCCAAAGAGGUUAGGAAACACCUGAGUUUUUGUUUCGUUUGGCGGAAUUUGAUUGGUAAUUUUAUUUUUUAAAACCUGAUCCUUAUAUUUUUUAAUCCAAUUUUUGUGUUAAUGUUCAAAGGCUUUUCUAGGUUUAUUGUUUAAAUUAGUCAAAGUUUCGAUUUAUCCGUUAAAAUUUAUCAAAAUUUUAUCAAAGCUUAAAUUUCUGCUAGGAAUCAGAACAUUCGGUGUAUGUACAUGUGGUGAAUUUAUGGCGACAUGAUUGUUUUGUACUGAUAUUUGAUCUUCAUUUGCGAGACUCGAAUUCCACUGCCCCUCCCUCAAUUUUCGAUUUUGUUGUAUUUUAUGACCAUUUUCUUUUGUGCAAUGUUUCCUUUUGACUGCAGUUGCGCCCUGGACUUUGGCCACGCCUAAUUAUCAAGUUUGUUGGUCCCUAGUUUGUAUUUUUCAGUAGUCUUUAGGUACUAAGUCUUCUGUUUAUGACAAUUAAUUUUAAUAGUUGUAGCAAUUAGGCCUCUAAUCUUAUUUAAUUGAACUUAAUUUGCUAAAAAUGCUUCAAAAAAGAAACUAAGCAGAAAAGCAAAGCAGAAGUAAUGGAAAAGAAUUCAAAGAAUUACUCUAAAGCUCCCCCUGACUAUAAUUAGAAUUUAGUUUUUUCCAGAAUUUAACUCGUAACUAUAGAACACGUGUAAAUUAACUACGAUUAUUAAUUUUAUUACUAUUGAUUAUGUACUAUGACUAUUAUAACUAUUAUCGAUUCGUGCUGCGGGCGAUUUGUUGAAAUAUUUAUUAAUCCAACUAAACAAAGAGAUUCGCAACACACAACUAAAGCUUAAAUCUAAGUAAGGAAAACUCUUUUAGUUUGUAGAACGCCAAGCAGAUGUAUAAAUUUUUGUUAAAUAUGCUUAGUUAAACGUACGGUCUAAUCUUUAAGUUCCCCUUCAACUAAAAUAAACCAAUGUAAACCCACAGAGCUCACAUAUGUGCAACAUUCCGCCUCAAUCCCUCAUCCCCUCCAAUCCCCUCAAACAAAAAACAUUUGCUGUACAUACAAGAAGUAAACAAAACAAAAAAAAACAGACAAGUAAAAACGUUUGUCGUUUUUACACAUCUCAAAUUGUAGCUUUAAAACAUGUAAGAAAUCGAUCGAUAUAGAUAUGACAAAAAGCAAAACAAUUGAAAUUUAAGAAAUAUGAAUGAAAAAGUGUCUUAGUCGCUAUUAAAAGCGAACGGAGCAGAUGAAACGCAUUAACCGAGCGCCCAUAAUAUUAUUAAUAAAUAUUUAUAUAUAUAUAUUAUAUAGUGAAAACAAUAAACAAGAGAACCCGUAUUCAGUUAAGUUGUUAAAGCUUUCGUUUUGCAAACGUAAAUUUUAAAUUUCAUUACGAUAACAUAGUUGAUAAACCUCAAACGAAAGAGGAGCGAUACGAAAUUGCGAAGAGACGGUACCUAGAGCAUAAAAGAGCAGCAACAAACAUAUUUAAAGAACCACAAGCUAAAUAUUAUAUUAAUAAUGAAUAUGUACACAUAAAUUAUAUAUAUAUAUAUACAAACAUAUAUAUUAUAUGCAGUAAGUGCAGCGAGUGCACAUUAUACAUAAAUCCGUAUGUAUAGGCAACAGCAGCAGCAACAAAAGUAAAUUACAAUAAAGAAUUCUAUUGCAUAUUGUACGAAAAAA